AUGGUUCCAGGACCUGGGGCAACCAAAACGUUUGAGUGUAAAGGACUGGUCGGUCGUUAUGUAACCAUUGUGAUUCCAGGAAGAAAAGAAUACCUGACACUGUGUGAGGUGGAAGUCACUGGUCAGCCCUCAGGAGACAUCGCUCCAACUGGUGCCAAUAUUGCUAGAGGUGGAAAAGUGACUCAGUCCUCCGUGGCAUGGAAUGGUGUCCCUGAGAGGGCCAUUGAUGGAAAACGUGAUACCAUCUAUAGUCAGAGUUCAUGUAGCCACACAAAUCUUGAUCAAAAUCCAUGGUGGAGACUGGACCUCCUGAAGACGUAUAAAAUCAACUCUGUCACCGUCACCAACAGAAAGGAUUGUUGCCACGAUAGAAUCAAAGGUGCUGAGAUCCGCAUUGGAAAUUCCCCUGAUGGCAAUGAUGGUUCCAGAUGUGCUGUUAUCGCGUCUUUAGGACCUGGGGCCACCAAAACGUUUGAGUGUAAAGGACUGGUCGGCCGUUAUGUAACCAUUGUGAUUCCAGGAAGAAAAGAAUACCUGACACUGUGUGAGGUGGAAGUCACUGGUCAGCCCUCAGGAGACAUCGCUCCAACUGGUGCCAAUAUUGCUAGAGGUGGAAAAGUGACUCAGUCCUCCGUGGCAUGGAAUGGUGUCCCUGAGAGGGCCAUUGAUGGAAAACGUGAUAACAUCUAUAGACAGAGAUCAUGUAGCCACACAAAUCGUGAUGAAAAUCCAUGGUGGAGACUGGACCUCCUGAAGACGUAUAAAAUCAACUCUGUCACCGUCACCAACAGAAAGGAUUGUUGCCACGAUAGAAUCAAAGGUGCUGAGAUCCGCAUUGGAAAUUCCCCUGAUGUCAAUGAUGGUUCCAGAUGUGCUGUUAUCGCGUCUUUAGGACCUGGGGCCACCAAAACGUUUGAGUGUAAAGGACUGGUAGGCCGUUAUGUAACCAUUGUGAUUCCUGGAAGAAAAGAAUCCCUGACACUGUGUGAGGUGGAAGUCACUGGUGCCAAUAUUGCUAGAGGUGGAAAAGUGACUCAGUCCUCAGUGGGAUCGAAUGGUGUCCCUGAGAGGGCCAUUGAUGGAAAACGUGAUACCAACUAUGGACAGGGAUCCUGUAGCCACACAAAUCAUGAUCAAAAUCCAUGGUGGAGACUGGACCUCCUGAAGACGUAUAAAAUCAACUCUGUCACCGUCACCAACAGAAAGGAUUGUUGCCACGAUAGAAUCAAAGGUGCUGAGAUCCGCAUUGGAAAUUCCCCUGAUGGCGAUGAUGGUUCCAGAUGUGCUGUUAUCGCGUCUUUAGGACCUGGGGCCACCAAAACUUUUGAGUGUAAAGGACUGGUCGGUCGUUAUGUAACCAUUGUGAUUCCAGGAAGAAAAGAAUACCUGACACUGUGUGAGGUGGAAGUCACUGGUCAGCCGUCAGGAGACAUCGCUCCAACUGGUGCCAAUAUUGCUAGAGGUGGAAAAGUGACUCAGUCCUCCGUGGCAUGGAAUGGUGUCCCUGAGAGGGCCAUUGAUGGAAAACGUGAUAACAUCUAUAGACAGAGAUCAUGUAGCCACACAAAUCGUGAUGAAAAUCCAUGGUGGAGACUGGACCUCCUGAAGACGUAUAAAAUCAACUCUGUCACCGUCACCAACAGAAAGGAUUGUUGCCACGAUAGAAUCAAAGGUGCUGAGAUCCGCAUUGGAAAUUCCCCUGAUGUCAAUGAUGGUUCCAGAUGUGCUGUUAUCGCGUCUUUAGGACCUGGGGCCACCAAAACGUUUGAGUGUAAAGGACUGGUCGGCCGUUAUGUAACCAUUGUGAUUCCUGGAAGAAAAGAAUCCCUGACACUGUGUGAGGUGGAAGUCACUGGUGCCAAUAUUGCUAUAGGUGGAAAAGUGACUCAGUCUUCAGUGGGAUCGAAUGGUGUCCCUGAGAGGGCCAUUGAUGGAAAACGUGAUACCAACUAUGGACAGGGAUCCUGUAGCCACACAAAUCAUGAUCAAAAUCCAUGGUGGAGACUGGACCUCCUGAAGACGUAUAAAAUCAACUCUGUCACCGUCACCAACAGAAAGGAUUGUUGCCACGAUAGAAUCAAAGGUGCUGAGAUCCGCAUUGGAAAUUCCCCUGAUGGCGAUGAUGGUUCCAGAUGUGCUGUUAUCGCGUCUUUAGGACCUGGGGCCACCAAAACGUUUGAGUGUAAAGGACUGGUCGGUCGUUAUGUAACCGUUGUGAUUCCAGGAAGAAAAGAAUACCUGACACUGUGUGAGGUGGAAGUCACUGGUCAGCCCUCAGGAGACAUCGCUCCAACUGGUGCCAAUAUUGCUAGAGGUGGAAAAGUGACUCAGUCCUCCGUGGCAUGGAAUGGUGUCCCUGAGAGGGCCAUUGAUGGAAAACGUGAUACCAUCUAUAGUCAGAGUUCAUGUAGCCACACAAAUCUUGAUCAAAAUCCAUGGUGGAGACUGGACCUCCUGAAGACGUAUAAAAUCAACUCUGUCACCGUCACCAACAGAAAGGAUUGUUGCCACGAUAGAAUCAAAGGUGCUGAGAUCCGCAUUGGAAAUUCCCCUGAUGGCAAUGAUGGUUCCAGAUGUGCUGUUAUCGCGUCUUUAGGACCUGGGGCCACCAAAACGUUUGAGUGUAAAGGACUGGUCGGUCGUUAUGUAACCAUUGUGAUUCCAGGAAGAAAAGAAUACCUGACACUGUGUGAGGUGGAAGUCACUGGUCAGCCGUCAGGAGACAUCGCUCCAACUGGUGCCAAUAUUGCUAGAGGUGGAAAAGUGACUCAGUCCUCCGUGGCAUGGAAUGGUGUCCCUGAGAGGGCCAUUGAUGGAAAACGUGAUACCAUCUAUAGACAGAGAUCAUGUAGCCACACAAAUCGUGAUGAAAAUCCAUGGUGGAGAUUGGACCUCCUGAAGACGUAUAAAAUCAACUCUGUCACCGUCACCAACAGAAAGGAUUGUUGCCACGAUAGAAUCAAAGGUGCUGAGAUCCGCAUUGGAAAUUCCCCUGAUGGCGAUGAUGGUUCCAGAUGUGCUGUAAUCGCGUCUUUAGGACCUGGGGCCACCAAAACGUUUGAGUGUAAAGGACUGGUCGGCCGUUAUGUAACCAUUGUGAUUCCGGGAAGAAAAGAAUACCUGACACUGUGUGAGGUGGAAGUCACUGGUGCCAAUAUUGCUAGAGGUGGAAAAGUGACUCAGUCCUCCGUGGGAUGGGAUGGUGUCCCUGAGAGGGCCAUUGAUGGAAAACAUGAUACCAACUAUGGACAGGGAUCCUGUAGCCACACAAAUCAUGAUCAAAAUCCAUGGUGGAGACUGGACCUCCUGAAGAUGUAUAAAAUCAACUCUGUCACCGUCACCAACAGAAAGGAUUGUUGCCACGAUAGAAUCAAAGGUGCUGAGAUCCGCAUUGGAAAUUCCCCUGAUGGCAAUGAUGGUUCCAGAUGUGCUGUUAUCGCGUCUUUAGGACCUGGGGCCACCAAAACGUUUGAGUGUAAAGAACUGGUCGGCCGUUAUGUAACCAUUGUGAUUCCAGGAAGAAAAGAAUACCUGACACUGUGUGAGGUGGAAGUCACUGGUGCCAAUAUUGCUAGAGGUGGAAAAGUGACUCAGUCCUCAGUGGGAUGGGAUGGUGUCCCUGAGAAGGCCAUUGAUGGAAAACGUGAUACCAACUAUGGACAGGGAUCCUGUAGCCACACAAAUCAUGAUCAAAAUCCAUGGUGGAGACUGGACCUCCUGAAGACGUAUAAAAUCAACUCUGUCACCGUCACCAACAGAAAGGAUUGUUGCCACGAUAGAAUCAAAGGUGCUGAGAUCCGCAUUGGAAAUUCCCCUGAUGGCAAUGAUGGUUCCAGAUGUGCUGUUAUCGCGUCUUUAGGACCUGGGGCCACCAAAACAUUUCAGUGUAAAGGACUGGUCGGCCGUUAUGUAACCAUUGUGAUUCCAGGAAGAAAAGAAUACCUGACACUGUGUGAGGUGGAAGUCACUGGUCAGCCGUCAGGAGACAUCGCUCCAACUGGUGCCAAUAUUGCUAGAGGUGGAAAAGUGACUCAGUCCUCCGUGGGAUGGGAUGGUGUCCCUGAGAGGGCCAUUGAUGGAAAACAUUAUCCCAACUAUGGACAGAGAUCCUGUAGCACCACAAAUCAUGAUCAAAAUCCAUGGUGGAGACUGGACCUCCUUAAGAAGUAUGAAAUCAAAUCUGUCACCAUCACCAACAGACAGGAUUGUUGCCACGAUAGAAUUAACGGUGCUGAGAUCCGCAUUGGAAAUUACCCUGAUGGCAAUGAUGGUUCCAGAUGUGCUGUUAUCGCAUCUUUAGGACCUGGGGCCACCGAAAUGUUUGAGUGUAAAGGACUGGUCGGCCGUUAUGUAACCAUUGUUAUUCCAGGAAGAAAAGAAUACCUGACACUAUGUGAGGUGGAAGUCACUGGUCAGCCGUCAGGAGACAUCACUCCAACUGGUGCCAAUAUUGCUAGAGGUGGAAAAGUGACUCAGUCCUCCGUGGGAUGGGAUGGUGUCCCUGAGAGGGCCAUUGAUGGAAAACGUGAUACCAACUAUGGACAGAGAUCCUGUAGCACCACAAAUCAUGAUCAAAAUCCAUGGUGGAGACUGGACCUCCUUAAGAAGUAUGAAAUCAACUCUGUCACCGUCACCAACAGACAGGAUUGUUGCCACGAUAGAAUCAACGGUGCUGAGAUCCGCAUUGGAAAUUCCCCUGAUGGCAAUGAUGGUUCCAGAUGUGCUGUUAUCGCGUCUUUAGGACCUGGGGCCAUCGAAAUGUUUGAGUGUAAAGGACUGGUCGGUCGUUAUGUAACCAUUGUGAUUCCUGGAAGAAAAGAAUACCUGACACUGUGUGAGGUGGAAGUCACUGGGAUAGAAUCAGAUGAAUCAGAUGAUUCCAAUGAAUAUGCCUGUGGCUGA